AUGACAGCGUCGGGUGACGUCUCCGGAUCGACGCCUAGUGAAGUUCAUAGCAGCUCGGACAAGGCUGAACCAGCUACGGACGACGAGGUAGGAGACGAUGGAGACGCGCAAGAGAAGGUCGUCAUCCGACCUGAGCCUUUAACGCAGCAACUUGCGAGUCCUCAGGACGUUGACGCUGGCUUGCAACUCAUCGAACUUUGCCGUGAAGGCGACUUGAGUGCAGUCACGCAGCGCGUCUGUGCUGGUGCUCCGGCUGGGUUUAUCACAAAAAGUGGAUGGACCCCGGUGGCUGCUGCAGCUUACAGCGGCGCCAAUGACGUGCUCCUGUACCUGCUGGACAUUGGUGCUGAUGGUAUGUACGAGACCUCAGCACCAAGUCGAAAGUACCAAUUGUCAAAUGGCUACACUAGCUCUAUGAAGGAGACAAACUGCAACACCCCGUUGCAUUGGGCCUGCUACAAGGGCCACGCAGACACAGUGGCAAUUCUACUGGCUGCAGACUAUAACCCUGAAGCUGCAGACACAACUGGCAAUCGAUGUCUCCACUUGGCCUGCUCUGGAGGUCAUCGAGAAGUGGUAGAGCAGCUACUUGCCCAAUCUGCUGCUGUGGAGACAUGCAACAAGUACGGGAAUCGUCCACUGGACUUGGCUACAGAGCCCGGAUGUCGUCGCCUGCUGACUAGAUUCCAGUCGCAAACUGUCUGCGAAUGGUGCAAGGAAACCUUCAGCCGUCUCCGUCGUCCCAGUCUGUGUCAGCAUUGCCACAACGUCUUCUGUGACACAAAACCGUGCUCAUCAACCACCUCCACUCCAACGCAGCCUCCUUCAACACUUGACGUGAAUGGGAGUACUACAGAGGCUGGUGUCUCGCCAACGAGGCUCGUUCAAGCACGUAGUCUGCGUUGUUGCCAGGAAUGUGCCACGGAAAUGGGGAAAGCUGAACAGGAUCUACGCAAUGUGCUGGAUAACAAACUCGAACUCAUACGUCGCACUCUCGCUGUACUGGAUCCGAGUAUUGCUAGUCGUCCGACAACUUCGAUGAGUGUGAUAAACGGAGAAGCUGAAGGUAUCAACGGCGGUGCAGAAAGCAUCGAAGGAGACCAAAAUCCGAGUGUAGGUGACGCUGUAGCAACAGAUAUUGUCGAGCUGGGAACUUCAUCGUCCGGGUUGCAACUAAACGGUGAAAGCUCAGCUCUUACUACCUUGGAAAGCGGCUUUGAGCUGCCAUCCAGAGAACUGAGCGCGGGCUUUGAAGUUGAGCAGAGUGCAAGGACAGCGACGACGAAGCGAUUAUUGCCAAGUACGGAGAUCAUCCAGAGUGCACUGACUCUGACUCAAACGGAUGCUGAAGCGCUUUACACUGCGCUAGAAGCUGCGCAGCUCAAGGCUGCGGAUGGCGAACUGGUGCGUGUUUCGAGACAAACCUAUCGACAGCUCGUCGCUCACGUCGCGCUGCAAGAAGAAGUGAAAGCUCUGCUUGCUGAACGCCCGAUCGGGAUCCGGUCGCUUCUGGAGCCGCUGAAACGAGCCUUGCAGCACGCCACUCGAGAACAAGUUCACCCGCUUAUGCUGUCGGUGGCGCUGCAAAUUAUCCAGAGCGCUGAAGCAGAGUGCACACUCUUCGGAUGUCACGCCAUGUGUGAGAAAAUCGAGCGAGGGUCACGUCGCUAUCGCAAGAGUAUCGCUCGUCUAGAAGCUAGUCUUGAUGAAGCGCAGAGACGUGGAGUCAGCGAUAAACUACUGACUGCUGCCGGUGCACUACGCGACCGUUUGAACGCUGAAGUGCGACUGGAAGCGUGUCUACAGCCCUUUAAGGGUCCACCGGCCCCUCCUAAUGGAACUCUGCCAACUCAGCCAGCACCUGGCAGCGGGGGGUAUGUCUUUAAUGAUAAUACUACACUGGAUACGUUGCUACAAGCUCUGGAAUACCGCACUCAGCUCGUCUCUAGUGCUGUGGACACUGGCAACGCAGUGGAAGGAGUGUCCUCUGCUCUGCUGGAAGAAGCUGCAACCCUGCUCAAGCAACUUAAGAAGGAAGUCCGCGACGAAACCAAAGCGCAAGAGGAACGUCGGAAAGCUGAAGAAGAAGCGGCACUUAAAGCUGCCAAGAAGAGCAAAAAGAAAAAGAAAUAG